AAACAUUAUCCUUGUACUUUUUUUUUUCUGGCCCUGACUGUUUGUAUACUCUGCAAUUUUUAAAAUUAAAAAUUAAUUUUCUCUUUCAAUUCCGUACUACUUUUACAAAUCUUUUCCUCUGCCUAUAUAAAGCGGUGUUUGUUUUAAGGGUAAAAAUUCAGAAACACAUAUACAUAUUACAUUCUACCCAUUUCCUCUCUCAUCAAACUUUUGAUUUUCUUCUGUUUAAGAUAAGCUUUAAUUCUUGUAUGGCAGCCAAUUCGAGUUGUCACCGAGUCAGUAGCUUUGGUAAACAAUUCGUGACUCAUAUCGUCACUCAGUCUCCUCCAACUCGCUCUCUUUCUGCUGUUGCUCCUGCUUUUAGGAGGUUGCUGCAUGGUUCAGUAUAUGACAAGAACAUCGAUGAUCAUGUCCGCCCAGUGGUAGUACCAGAUGAGUUGAUCCAGCCUCAGUCGGAAAAGUACUGGGCUCCAAAUCCUAACACCGGAGUUUUUGGGCCUGAUGCUGAGCAAAAUGCAGCGGCUAGAGCCAUGGGACGUGGCUUUUACAUGUCUCCAUCGGAUGGUGGCACCGAGUCUGUUCUCGAGCAGAAGGCUUUUUUCCGUCCUCUUGAGGACUUGGAGAAGCCGCAACACCCUUGAUACCUUAACGAUGACGAAGCCGCCCUAGUUAAUCAAUAUGAUAAUAUUAUGCAUUACUGUAUAUUUUUGAGCUAGAGGCAGGCUAGAAUACCAAGUUUUAGUUUAUGGUUGUAGUAAAAUUCAGGCCGUGGCGCUGUAAUAAUGACUUGAGUCAUGUUCAUAAAGCUUGUGUGAUUGUGAAUUUUGGCUUGAAAGAUCAGUGUGGAAGUUUAAUGCUAGCAUGUAUGUGUUAUUUGAUACCAUGCCUUCUGCUAAUAUACAUAAUUAAAUAACAAAUUAUCAA